AUGUUAGAUGAACUAUAUAAAGCAGAACGUGGAGAGAUGGAAAAGAAACUUCAAGCAAAAGAUGAAGUCAUUGAAUCCAAAGACAAAAGCAUACAGAAAAGAAUACCACGUUCAGUACCAAAAGGAAAGGAAAAAAGCUAUAAGUAUAUGAUUUACGCUGAAGAGAUGGAGAAAGAAGAAGAUAGAGAUAUGGUUAUGUUGCAUUUAGUGAGAAGAAACAACAAGAGCUUUUAUGACCUCGCUAAAAUAUAUAAAUCUGACAGAAACUGGUUCUAUCGUGAAAACUUACCGAUUUCAAUGACACCGAAUGAGCAAAUAAAGGAAAUUGUCAAAAGUACUCUUCCUCAAACACACUAUGAUAUUAAAGGUUGUACAAUUCUUACCUUCAAAGAAGACUUACCAUUACUGAAGGAAAAAAUAACAGAAUAUUUCGAUAACUUCAAAGAGGAAGAAUAA